AUGGCGCCACCAAAGCGAUCGGCCCCGUCUGAUGUCGAUGACGACUCUGAUAUUGAUCUAGGUCAGGGGAGCCGAACGUCUUCUCACAGCUCAUCCAAUAAAAGAAGACGAACGAGUGACGAAUCUUCGAUUCAUCACAAUAUCUCCAGUGAUUCAGAUGACGGCGACAAUGCGAGCACUCCACCCUCCGAAUAUGAUUCCGACGAAGAUGACGAAGCGGCCUUCCUUGCGGCUACCCAGGCUGCUGAAGCCAGAAAACGAGCCAGCAGAAAUGAGAACAAUGAGCCUGCGCUGUAUGGCAUCUUAGAGGCUGUCGAAUUGAAGAAUUUCAUGUGUCAUGAGGAUGCAGAUUACAAACUGGGUCCAUUGAUCAAUUUCAUAUGCGGCAAGAACGGCAGUGGCAAGAGCGCCAUCCUUACUGCUAUUGUUUUGUGUCUUGGAGGGAAAGCAUCCGCCACAAAUCGAGGAGCACGCCUGCAAAAUUUCAUAAAGGAAGGCAAAGACCAUGCGACCAUUAUUUGCAAAAUCAAGAAUCAAGGCGAAGCCGCGUACAUGCCCGACUUAUAUGGCAAAUCUAUCCAGGUUGAACGCCAUUUUUCUCGCGCUGGUAGUAGCGGCUUUAAGCUCAAAUCGGAGAAAGGGCGAGUCAUUUCGACGAGAAAGUCUGAUCUGGAAGAAAUUUGUGAUCACAUGGUUCUUCAAAUUGAUAAUCCGAUGACCGUACUCUCCCAGGAUCAGGCUCGACAAUUCAUUGCGAGUUCUAGCCCCAAAGAGAAAUACAAACUGUUUAUGAAGGGUGUGCAACUCGAACAGCUGGACCAAGACUACAGGAUCAUUGAAGAGCAAAUGGAAAACAUCCACGCCAAAAUCAACUCCAAGGAGCCAGACCUCGAUGACCUGAAGAAGAAGCACGAAAGUGCAAAGAACAAGCUGGAACUGUCCCAGAAGUAUGACAGCAUGCUCGAUAAACUUCGCGACUAUCGACGGCAACUCGCGUGGGCCCAAGUUGCGACUCAAGAGGCCAUUCGAGACGAUUAUGCCCGGGAAAUCCAAGAGGCAGAUGCGAAGAUAGCAGAUGCGGAGGUUCAAGUUGUCCACCUCGAUCACCGAUUUCAGGAGUCAGACAGACUUAAUUCCGCGGCUAUUGACGCUUUUCAGGACGCACAAGCAAAUGUCCAACGGAUUCAAGCUGAGAAAAAUGAGUGGAAGGAGCAACAUGCCGGCAUCAAAAAGGAUGUGUUGGAUGCUCAGGCUGAGCAACGCACCAUCCGCACCGCAUUGAAAGAUGCUGAUAAGUCAAUUCAAGCCAAGAAGGAAGCUAUCGUCCAAGAAGAACAGAGACUAGCCGAGCGCGAUGGAGGCGGUGCCGCAAGACGUAUCGGUGCUCUUCACGACGCUAAAGAAGUUUUGAAUCAGGCCAAAGUGGAUGAGCAGGAACAUAAUCGCCAAAAGGAAAAUGUGCUCGAGGAUAUUGCGAGGACGAAAAAUCUCCAAGACAAAGCGGAUGGGGCAAGAAUUGCUCAGGAACAGAGAGUCAAACAACAUGAACAGAACCUCAGCCAGUUGAUACGAAACCGCAACUCACAGGACUUGGCUUACCACCCCCAUAUGCCAUCUCUCCUCAAAGCCCUGAGUCAGGAAACAGGCUUUCACAGCCGACCCAUUGGCCCUCUUGGAAAACAUCUGAAGCUACUCAAGCCCGAAUGGUCUUCGAUUCUGGAAAAAUCCUUCGGCAAUACACUGAACUCAUUCAUUGUGACCAGCAAGAGAGACGAGAAUCUUCUGAGCAACAUUAUGCGGCGAACAAAUUGCCCAGUACCGGUGUUUAUUGUCAACAGUCAGCCGAUCGACAUCGAGUCAAAUACACCGGACCCCCAGUUUGACACCGUCUUAAGUGUCUUGGAGAUUGACAAUGAAGCGGUAAAGAAACAACUCGUGAUCUCCCAUGCGAUUGAGCAGAGCAUCCUGAUCCCCGACAUGACGGUGGCUUCAGACACCCUCUACUCGGGCGGACCGCCAUUACGAAAUGUCAAGAGAUGCUACUGCUUCAGCCCGUCGAGUCGGCUGAGGGGGGCUGUAUUGUCUUAUCGACAUGGCCAAGCUGCGCAAGAUCCCGUCCACGAUUUCCAGGGCAGCCCCAGAAUGAAGACCAACAUUGACGAGUCAAUCCGCCGGCAGGAAGAAGCAGUUACAGACGCAAAGGCUCAGCUACGUCGGACCGAAGAGGAAUUCCGCCGCGCUCGCGACCGACAUGAGAAGGCCAAUCAGACUCUGGUCCGUCACACCCGAGAUUCAAGAGAAUUGCGAAUUGCGGUCCAACAAGCCGAGGACGAGGUGGACCGUCUGAAUGACGCCAUCAACGAGGACAAUGUCGAGGGAGGAAACCUUGAAGUCUUGCGCCAAUCGUUGGAGGAGGCGGAAGAGCAAAAAUCCGUGCACGAGAACUCUUACCAAGACUCGGUGAACGCGUUCGAUGCCCUCAAGGAAAAACUUCGGGAAGUGACUCGACGGUUAACGGAACUGGAUGAACGCAUCGCCGAGGCCCAGGCAGCGGCCGACAAGGCCCAAGCAGCGGCACAGAAAGCCGGGAAGAAACGAGCCCACGACUUGGGAGAAAAGAAUGCCGCGAUUGCUCGAAUUGACGACGCCAAAGGCGACCGGGGCUCACUGGAACGCAAGAUGAAUGAGAUGACCGAAAAGGUCGCGACAUUUGUUGAACAAGCACGCCAGGUCUCCGAGCGGGUCAACAUUCCUCCUGGAGAAACCUAUGAAAGCCUGGAAAAGAAGUAUCAGAGACUCAUGAAAGAUUAUCACCGAUAUCAUGAUCGGAUUGGCGACCGGGAGCAGAUCGCCGUAGAAGCGGCACGAUGGUCGAAAGCAUACGAGAAUGCCAAGCAGGAAAUGCAGGGUUUAGAAAACUUGCAAAACCAGCUCAUUGAGACCAUGGUACAGCGAAGAUACCGAUGGAAAAAGUUUCGACAUCACAUUUCGCAGAGUUCGAAGGCCACAUUCAUGUACAUGCUCAGUGAGAGAAAUUUUCGCGGACGACUCAUUCUGGAUCACCACAACAAGUCGAUGGAAAUUAAAGUGGAGCCAGACAUUACGAGGCGUGAUGGAUCAGGACGAAGUGCGCGAACUUUGUCAGGUGGGGAGAAGUCAUUUUCUCAGAUUUGUUUGUUGCUCGCCAUUUGGGACGCGAUGGGGGCGCCGGUACGAUGUCUGGACGAAUUCGAUGUAUUUAUGGAUGCCGUCAACCGAUCCAUCAGUGUCAAUUUAUUGAUCGAGGGAGCACGGCAGAGCAUUGGUCGCCAAUUCAUUCUCAUCAGUCCUGGCAACAAAACUGAUAUCAAGAAGGCCCCAGAUGUCACCGCCAUUGAGUAA